AUGGGGAACCCAAAGAAGGGGACACCCGCUUACGAGAAGAAGCUGCACAGCAACAAGGUACGCAGGGCCGCGAAGAGAGAUCACGACCUCGGCAACAAACCAGCUGUGGCCAAGCUGGUGAGGGGGGCGCGCGCCGCAGCUCGCAAACCCUUGGUGGACAAGUUGCGCGACCUUGAGAGCGUCCUGGACGCGCGGUCACGCCGCUCCAACCAGCACUACAGGAAUAUGUACACCGCCCAACACAAAGCCGCAGCGGCAGAGGCGGUUGCCUACCACUGCAAGGAGCAGCUCAAGCAGAAGACGACCGCCCUCAAGGACGCGCGGGCGGAGCUGCGCGAGACGCAGGCUUCCUUGGAGAAGACGGAGGGAAAGCUUCAGAAGGCCAAGAAGGCGACCGAGAAGGCCGAGAAGGCGCUCGAGGAGGCCACAGCUCCUUGGGAGAGCUGGUGGCGGACUCUCCAGGUGCACAUGAAGUACCACUUGCCUCCUUGGGCGGCCAAGAAAGUGGCGCGCUUGGCGCGCCACGGCCCGCCCCGCGGCCACGCCAACGACUUGGGCUGA